CUCUUAUCGUCCUAUUUCAUUGCCUCUAGAAUCCUCCUGUUUCAGAUUCUACCUGUUAUAAAUAUCAGUUGGUUUCUCUUGUAAGAUUAUAACUGUCCAAUCAGCGGAUACCUUAUAUGCGUCUUGCUAUAGAAACAGAUAGGGGAAAAAAGAUUUACUUAUUAAGUGGACAGUGAGUUGUUGUAAUUGGGAGGUGAAGUCAUAGCUAGGUGACUUAGUGUUUACAUUCAAGUCAGAGGUUGUUACAUAUCUAGUAUCAAGAAUCUAUCGCUGUUCCUUACUGCUCCUAAGUUUGGUUAUAUAAUAGGCUGACUGAUCGACCUUUGUAUAAACUGAUAAAUCAUUGCCAAGAAGUGCACUUGCCGCCACAGCCACAACCAAUUUACAUUUAUCUGUGUUGCAUCAUGGGUAAGCAGAACAGUAAGUUGAGACCUGAACAGCUGGAUGAUCUUAGAAAACAUACAGAGUUCAACGAACAUGAACUACAAGAAUGGUAUAAAGGAUUUCUCAAAGAUUGCCCUACUGGACACCUAACUGUGGAAGAAUUCAAGAAAAUCUACGGCAAUUUCUUUCCAUAUGGAGAUGCAUCUAAAUUUGCAGAACACGUUUUUCGUACGUUUGAUACAAACAGUGAUGGGACAAUUGACUUCCGGGAGUUCAUCUGUGCGCUGAGUGUAACAUCGCGUGGCAAACUGGAAGACAAACUAAAAUGGGCAUUCAGUAUGUAUGAUUUAGACGGCAAUGGAUACAUCUCCCGACAGGAAAUGCUAGAAAUUGUCACAGCUAUUUAUAAGAUGGUAGGAACUGUAAUGAAAAUGCCAGAAGAUGAAUCCACUCCAGAGAAGAGAACAGAUAAGAUAUUUCGGCAAAUGGACAAGAACUCGGAUGGAAAACUGUCACUGGAAGAAUUUAUUAGUGGAGCAAAAAAUGACCCUUCCAUAGUUAGAUUACUGCAAUGUGACCCAAGUGGGGGUACACAGUUCAUGUGAGGUCAAGGGUCAUCUAGGGGUCAGGACUUUUCAAUGCUACUUAGUAUUGUAGCAUGGGCAGUUUUGAAAAGUGGAUAUCAUGCAAGUCGCAAAAAGUCGCAUAACUUAGAUCAAAGGUCAAACGUCAAACUUCACAUGAGAUGUGGUAGGGUUGUAGAAUGGAACAAGAUAUCAAGCUGAAGGGUAAUUUUUGUGAAUAUUUAAGAUGUAUUAUAUUUCUGGAGUACUCUUUGCAUUGUUACUAUAUACCAAAUUUACAAUCUUAUCAUUCCGACGUUAUCCUCUAAAAUUGUCAUUUCAUGACCCCUAUAUUUUGUAUCUUAUGCGCUUUUUGUCUUAGCUAUUAGAUUGCUCUAUAUCUUUCUCUUGUAUGUGGUCUUGUGUUUUACAAGUAUUUGUUUUUGUGUUCACGUCUCUCAUUUAUUGUGCACCCUAUGCUUCUCACAAAAAUGGUCUCUUCCACAACCUUCCUGGAUAUUGUCCGAUUUCAAAGACUGAAACCACAAAUUAAGUACUUUUUUUUCCUGAUCAAUAAUAUUUGUUUGCUGGAGUAUAAAUCUUUAGUACCAUUAAGUUAUUGGUCAGUAAAGCAUUUCUAUAUAUGGACACUAGAGGGCACUGCCUAUAAAAUCUCUCCAUCUGGACACUAGAGGGCAUUGCUUAUAAAAUCUUUUUGUUUGGUCACUGAAGGGCACUAUUAAUAACAUCUCCAUCUGGUCACCAGAGGGCACUGCCUAUAAAAUCUCUCCAUCUGGUCAAUAGAGGGCACUCAUUUUUUUCCACUCAGAUACUACCGCCCCCGGUAGAUGGCACUGUUACCAUUUCUGUAUCUGGUCAUUAGAGGGCACUGUUGAUAAUUUGUUGGGAUACAUGCAUGUUUAAAGUCUCUUUAUAUAGGAUCCCUGAAAGAAUAUAUUAUCCCGGUUUGUACAUCGUAUUGGCAAAAUGUUAUCACACUAAUAUAUCUGUUGUAGAAACCAUGAAAGGUCUUAGAAAUAAAUCAUUGCCAGGCAUUGCCCGAGUUAAUUUCCCUGAGAACUCGUUUAACUUGAUUCCAAAUUAGCACCAAUGAAUUUUGCAAGUUAAUGGAUUAGUGAUCAAACCAAUACUUGUAUAUGCAUGUAAUAAUAAAGGUACUUCCCUCCCCCUCCUUCUCUUCUCAGAUGGCCCAGAUAUAGCUUAUGACAAACAAUGCAAGUUUGAAAAUAUAACAACUUGUGGGUAGAUACAUAUUUCACACUAUUAUUAAUGCUUCCAGGCACAAGGUCAUAUAGAUACUGAUAAUUCUCUUCUUUCUUUUUUUCUAACUUUUCACUGUAUGGGAUGCCAUGCUAGUAUUUGUUGUUUUAUUACAUUUCUGAUUUGAGACAUUCAAGCGACAACUGAUUUGUUUGGGUAAUAGGGGAAAUCGAUAUCCACUGUGAUUACUUGCAUGACUCCCUCGCUUUAAUGUUGCCAGCAUUAGUCUUGUUGGUUUGACUUCAUCUUGUGGUUUUUGAAAUAUUGUUACUGUAGUGAUACUGCUUCCUCUUUAAAAACUAAUGAGAAUGAUCUUUUAAAUUUUGAAAAAAAGUUAGAAAUAUGCAUUUUCUACUGAGAGUAUUAUUUUAGUGUGAGACCGUACACACAGUUUAAAUUAAGCAGUAGCCAUUUUACUGCUAGUGCAAUGCAUGAUGGGAGUAGUAACAGCGCCCUGUAGAAUACAGAAUUUACAAUCUUUCACUUUAAUGUUCAAGAAUCCUAAAAUCAAAAAAAAAAGCGAAUUGAUUAUAAUUUUGCCAUAUAGUGUAUUACCACCUGUAGAAAGUUUUGUUUGAUCCUGAGAAUGAAAGUGUCUUGUGCAUUUGUCACAUGCAUUAGUACCACAGUAUAUUAAGUAAUGAAUGGUAGGCUCAACAUUAUUCAGGUUUACUAGAGUGAUGCACGAGUGACCAUUGCAUUCCUUGAAUUGGACUACUGUAAAAUGACUAAUUUUCACUGGGUUUAAAUUUCGCUGAUUUACCAUUUCAGGCAUAUUCAGGCAGUUUUAAAUUGACGGUUUUAUCAUUUAGAUAAUGUGUUCUAUGCUAAAUUACACAUACACACUGAGUUUUAAUUUAGCGCAUUUUCAUUUUAGCGAAAUAAGCAAAAUUAAAACCCAGUGAAUAAUUAACCCUAUUCAGUACUUUGCAUUAUGAAAUACCAUUGGUUAAUGGUAAAUGACUGCUUUUUUCAUUGACAACCUGUACUAGUAGUGCAUGAACUUACCAGUAUGUUAAUGAUAGAUGUAUGUCUAUAUUCAAAAUAUUUUAAUGAUGCAGUAUACAAGUAACCCUACCUUUUUGUUUAUGUGCAUUUCUAUUGGAAACAUAUUUCUGACACAGCAAAUACAGGAUACGUUUUCUUAAUGGAACAGAACUGCAUUCGUUUGGCAAUCACUCAUUUCAUUCUGAAACACUAUUAAUUAGCCACUUUUAAUUCUUUUUUCAAGUAGGACACUGGCAACCAACGUGUUCCACUGAGUAGUUGGCAUUCAAUCAGAUAUCUUAGCUAAUCCCAGCAAUCAUUAACCAACUCGGUCAUUAUACAAUGCACAUUUGAACCAUGCAUUUUAACGUAUUCUAUAUGUCACAUGCGACUUCCAUAUCAAACAGGACACAAUGUUCAUGGCGGCUGCAAUGUUUCAACGUGCUGAACAAAAUGAUUGUCAUUGUAUGCUUCCACAUCCUCACUCCACCACAAUUUUGCCUCUACCAUAUUUUGAACAAAGAAAGUGAUUCGAACAAAAAUAUAAAAGUUAUUUAAAUGUAUUUAAUAAGGUACAAUGUCAAACCGUGUAUAAUAUAUAAUGUCUAGAAAACUAUUUGUAAAUGUGGCAUCUGAGUAUUUAUAUAUGAACAAGCAGUUUUUUUUUCUUUUCUUUAUAAUUUGUUUUUGCAGAAUUGGAUUCACAACAAACAAAGCUUGAUAUUUUUUAAUUUCACCAGUAAAAGUAGUUUGCAGAUUUCUUUGUUCUAAUUAAUAGUUUAGAUCUUCCAAACCAAUAUUGUAUGUAGUGUGUCAUACCAAGGUAAAUGAAUCUGUCUGAGACAAGCAUAGCAACCGUUCUUAAGACAAUCUGUCAGCCAUAUUAGAUUCACUGCUAUUUUUACAUAUCUAUUAUUCAAAGUCGGACCAUCCAGCCUUCCUAGCAUUGAGAUUCUCUGGGUUUGCUCAGGAGUAAUUUUUCUUUCAAUUGACCUCUAUUUUGACCUGUGAAUCUUCAGCUAAAUAUUCUCACAAUACAUAUAGUUUUGCUCAAUCAUAGUUUAUGAAUAAUCUUCUAGAAUAAUUUCCCUCUUAUUUCAGGUUGAUAUUAGAUCAGUAGCCUAUUUUUUAACAGAAAUACAUAAUUAUGAUUCACUGGAAUAUGUAGCAGUUUUGUAGAAAUGUACUUUUCAUGUCUAGUUAUACCACACUCAUAUGCCAAGCUAUAUUGUAACACAGCAUAAUGUAUUUAAUUGUAAAUCAGAGGCUGCUUUCGAUCAAGCCAAUCCGUAUCACUCACUUCUCUUUCAUUUACCCUAAACAGAAAUUCCAAGAUGGCGGCCAUUUUGACCAUAAAUUUGUGGAGUAAAGAAACAAAAGAUAUCGAGCAAACAAAUAAAAUGGCAGCCAUCGUGAUAUGUGUUUACAGAAUGUGAACUUGAAUGAAGUGAACAAAAUCAACAUAAUUUCCACUGUAAAUACAAUUUCACAUUAAAUUUCCUAUCAUGGUUAGUCAAAAGAAAUUUUUACUAUAAUAUUAAAUUAGAACAUGAUUUAUGUAGAUUAUUAAGAUGCAUGUGUCAAGGACUUGUCAUUGCUCCAGUCAGUAUACAGUUGCACUUUUGAAUUAUGAUAUUAAACUUUGAAUUUCA